AUGGCAGUUCAAAAGAAUAAAGUUCCAGAAAAGGAAAGAUUUAUCCAAUGUUGUGGUGACAUUUCAUUAGAAUUAGUUGCAUCACUUAAAUCUUCAAAAGAUAUAAAUUUAAAUGGAUUAAUUACAAGAUAUGCUAAAAAAUAUAAAUUACGUCAACAACCAAGAUUAACAGAUAUUAUUUCAAGUAUACCUGAUCAACAUAAGAAAUAUUUAAUUCCUAAAUUAAAAGCAAAACCAGUUAGAACUGCAUCAGGUAUAGCUGUUGUUGCAGUUAUGUGUAAACCUCAUAGAUGUCCUCAUAUUGCAUAUACUGGUAAUAUUUGUGUUUAUUGUCCUGGUGGUCCUGAUUCAGAUUUUGAAUAUAGUACUCAAUCUUAUACUGGUUAUGAACCUACUUCUAUGAGAGCUAUUCGUGCCAGAUAUGAUCCUUAUGAACAAGCAAGAGGUAGAAUUGAUCAAUUAAGAUCAUUAGGUCAUUCAAUUGAUAAAGUUGAAUAUAUUAUUAUGGGUGGUACAUUUAUGUCUUUACCUAUUGAUUAUAGAGAAGGUUUUAUUACUCAAUUACAUAAUGCAUUAACUGGAUUUAAUGAGAAAAAUAUCGAUGAAGCUAUUGAAUUUAGUCAACAAUCUCAAACUAAAUGUGUUGGUAUUACUAUUGAAACAAGACCUGAUUAUUGUACUGAAACUCAUUUAAGUGAUAUGUUAAAAUAUGGCUGUACUAGAUUAGAAAUUGGGGUACAAUCAGUUUAUGAAGAUGUUGCAAGAGAUACUAAUAGAGGUCAUACUGUUAAAUCAGUUUGUGAAACUUUUGCUGUUGCUAAAGAUGCAGGUUAUAAAGUUGUUUCACAUAUGAUGCCUGAUUUACCAAAUGUUGGUAUGGAAAGAGAUUUAGAACAAUUUAAAGAAUAUUUUGAAAAUCCUGAAUUUAGAACUGAUGGUUUAAAAUUAUAUCCAACUUUAGUUAUUAGAGGUACUGGAUUAUAUGAAUUAUGGAAACAAGGAUUAUAUAAAUCUUAUAAUGCAAAUGCAUUAAUUGAUUUAGUUGCUCGUAUAAUGGCAUUAGUUCCACCAUGGACUAGAAUUUAUCGUGUUCAAAGAGAUAUUCCUAUGCCAUUAGUUACUUCAGGGGUUGAAAAUGGUAAUUUACGUGAAUUGGCCCUUGCAAGAAUGAAAGAUUUUGGUACAAGUUGUAGAGAUGUACGUACUAGAGAAGUUGGUAUUCAAGAAGUUCAUCAUAAAGUUAUUCCUGAUCAAGUUGAAUUAAUUCGUCGUGAUUAUUAUGCUAAUGGAGGUUGGGAAACAUUUUUAAGUUAUGAAGAUCCAAAACAAGAUAUUUUAAUUGGUUUAUUAAGAUUAAGAAAAGCAAGUAAAAAAUAUACUUAUCGUAAAGAAUUUACUUCUCAACCAACUUCAAUUGUUAGAGAAUUACAUGUUUAUGGUUCUGUUGUUCCUUUACAUUCAAGAGAUCCUAGAAAAUUCCAACAUCAAGGUUUUGGUACUUUAUUAAUGGAAGAAGCUGCAAGAAUUGCUAAAGAAGAACAUGGUUCUGAAAAAAUUAGUGUCAUUUCUGGUGUGGGUGUUAGAAAUUAUUAUGCUAAACUUGGUUAUGAAUUGGAUGGUCCUUACAUGUCAAAGAAGUUAUAA